ACGAAAGAGCUGACGAGCGGAUUAGAAAUGGUGGCGAGGAUGACGUCGUCUCCAGCAUCUCGUGUUCAAUCAGCAAGCACGACAUUCAGCACAAAUAUGAUCCAAUGGGACAAGAUCCUUGGAAACUGUAGUCGAAUCUAUCCCGAGCUGUUUCCACCUCAAACACCAGGGAAGUCCUUACGACGAAUCCCCAAAGUCAACGAAGAACUCUUACUCAAUCCCAAGUGGCAAACUGGAGGGAAAUACCCAUUGUCUCCUCCCACUGAGGGGCCCAAGAUCUCCCAUGUGAAGGAGAUCCAGCCUUUGUCUUCAGUUGAAACUUCAUUUGUGAUCAAAGAAGUCAUUCUCAAGGAUCGACUUAAUUUUACGAAAAUCAAAUCCGACCUGGUCAAAAACGUGGCCAACCGAGAUGCUUUGACGCUUUGGCAGGCUCUCAGAUGGCUCAUUACACAGAGUGCCAAUGGAGAGCGGACGAGUGUCCUUCAGAGCUAUCUAAAUUGCGAUUUGAUGGACUUGAAGGCCAAAGAAGGCCAAUCCAGUGUGAAGGAAACCAUUUUGGCCAAUCUGGGCAGACACGACGAUGACUAUGGCAACGAGAUCCCACCCAACCUCAUUCUGUAUUCAUGUAUAUCCCGCAUGCUCAACGCCAUUGCUUCUUUAAAAAGUGGCAGGGACUAUUUGGGCCAUUGUGAUAUCUUUGUCGAAAAGGUGAUCGAGUGCUUGGUCAAAUCGGGUCUUCGCCAUUCCAGUGAUGCCAUAUUGAUGUUAAUCGCCACCCUGCAAAAGCUAAGCUUGAAAUGCUUCAUUCGAAAAAAAAUGAUUGACCUCGGAAUAGUGGAAUGGUUGGUGCGAUUUCUUGAGCAUGGCCAAGACUUGAGUCUCUAUGGAUUGGAAUAUUCCACGGCUCUCUUUAUGAAUUUAUGCCUCCAUAAAUCGGGCAAAGAGAAGUGCUUGCCAAUUGUGUCCAACGUCCUGGAAGUAUUAAGAACCCUCCUAGCCCUCAACCUCAAACAGAUUUUUCCGUACCUCAACGGGACUUUGUUCAGCCUUUUGAGUCACCGUCAAAUUGCCCUAAAGGCGGUGGAAAUGGACCUUCAGCAGCACAUUGAAAAGAUUCAUUCCCAAGUCGAUGAGGAUGCCAAGCCACAAUUGGAACACAUUUUGGACCAAUUGUGCCAAACCACAGGUUCAUCGCCUACAUCUCAAGAAAGUGGUUCCUCAUUUGACGAGUCAACCAGCACGAUCAGUGAGGUGGAUGACGAUGAAAGUAUGGAUGAAGAUAUUGAGAUUGAAGACGAAAUCGACGCCAAUGAUCCAUUGAUCCAUCAUGAGGAUGACGAUUUUGGCAUGGAAUUCCUUGUUAAGAACUUCAUCGUAUCUGAAAAAAUUCUUAUAUUUGAUACCGAUUUGGAAACGGCGUGUCCAACGGCUGAGAAACCACCUGUUGUUGUCAAAGAGAUGGAGUCCCCGAUACGUUCCAAAUCCACAACUGGCUCUUCAAUCAGUCCGACUGAGUCCAAUGAGACCGUAAAGUGUGCUCUUCAAGUGCAGGAACCACUAGUGGAACACUCAGUCUCUUCCGACGACGGAGUAGUCAUGGUUACUGAUCCAGUUAAGCCAUCCAAUCUGCGGGAAAAUAAGGGACGCUCCGACAUUCCUCAAAUCUUAAAAGAUGCGGGAUCUAAUUCUAACAAUGAGGCGAAAGCCAAGCCAAGGCAUCAAUCUCUUCAGAGGAGACGAGGUAGUCAUAGCUUGACCAAGGAGAACACCAAUCCUCAUUCCGAAGCCAUCGAACGAUCCAAAAGCCAGCCAUUAAAUCCUGCCAUUCCUCUGCCCCCCGUUCCGAUUCAUGCUUCCAAGGAAUCGGCCCCUGAGGUGGCGGUUCCUGGAGCCAAAGAAAGAAGCAAGUCUGGUGUGAAAAAGCGACCCUUAAAGCCAAGGGAGGCCGAAUCCAUGCUCACAUCCAAAAGCAUGACGGUCCUUCCACCAUUGCCUAACAAUUUCGUGGAUAAAGAGACCAAUGGCCAACCUGAUCCAGAGCCAAAUCCUGCUGCUACAAGGUUGAAAUCCUCGUCCGGAGAAAAACGGACCAUUUCCAUGACUUUUCCUUAUAGUCCUUUAAGUCAAAUCGAGGGUUUUCUGGUGUCUUCCCCGCCUUCGCCAAGAAAACGCUGGAAGAAGCUUCCGCUCUCGAUAUCCAAACAGGAACUCACUUUCCUCUCUUCAACUCUCUCGGGCGAUCUAGACACAUCCACCACAUCCACAUCUACCAUAUUUAGAACACAGAACAUCAAUAUUCUGUAGAUACAAAAACAAUUACGCAACACCACUGACGACUAUAACGCAGUAUUUUCUGCCAAGCCCAGGGUAUCCCGAUCUCCAACUCGUCAGAAUGUCUCGAGGUGACAGAAAUGGCCUUGGAUUAUCACUAAUUGUAUUCAAAGCUGUACAGAUUCCUAAUAAAACCAAUCAUUUUGUCCUCCUAGA